GGUUUCGCUUCCGCCCACACAGCGGCGCUUUCCGAAUGAACACCGGGAGCAGCCGCUGGGAUAGAGAGGGGCGGAGCUUCAGCUUUCAGUGGGAAUUCUCAGUUCAAAAAGCUGCCAACGUCCUCUUGUGGACUUGUUUCUGUUUUCAUUGGUACUUUGGAGAUCGCCACGAAAAAUGCUCUUCACCGACGGGACACCGGCGUAACAAAAGUUACUUUUUUUACGUUGAAGGUGAGCAGAAAAUGAAAAAUCCUCGUUAAAAACAAAACGACAUACACGAGCGCUGCAGGUGACUCACGCUUUUGACCGGGGAACCACUUCACCGCGAGACUCCAUCCAUCCAGACCUUCUCGUCUCACCUGAACCCAGCUGGUUAAGAUGUCCCAGGAGACUUACUCAGCGCUGGACGAGCCCGCUCUCCGAGCUUUGCUGGAUGGAACCGUGGAUCUGGAUGAGAGACGCCUCAUCCGUUCAGCCAUCCGGGAGCUCAGGAGGAGGGAGAUCGAGGACAUGGAGGCCGCCCUCGCCAGCAAGAGGUUUCGACCAACACGCCUCAAUCAGCAGGAGGACAAAGAGAACCAGCACAGAUCCGAAUCCAGCGAUAAAUUAGACGUCCUUUCACGAAAACUUCAGACGAUCCAGGACACUGAAGAGCUCACAAAAAUGCUCCGCUCUGCUACAGAGUACGAGGAGAGGAAGGUGAUCCGGGCAGCCAUCAGACAGAUCCGAGAUGAGCAGCUGCAAGGUGCAGCGGAGAAGAGCAAAAUUUCCUCUUGCUCCGUAGAGGCGGAGAUUGCGGAGCCCCAGGCCAACAUGGGAACUGUGGAGGGAGAGAGGGAGAGUUGCAGUGAGCUGGAGUGCAUCAGAUCUUCGAUCCAGGACCUACACCCCCAGCAGACUCAACAGGGCAGAGAGCUGCAGAGGAAAGGAUCCAACUCAAGCAUGGUGCUGGUUCUGGAUCACCUGGUGAAGGAUGACAGCUCUGGCCCUUUGCUGAUCAAACCUCAGAAGGAAACCUUAGAGACAGAUCUGGCUCUGACUCAUCGUCAAAGGUCAGAUUCCACAGCUUCAGACCGCAGUGGGACCUCUGGGUUUUCUAUGUCCAAUCUGGAUUCUGUCGCCUCUGAGAAGAGUCUCGGCCCAAACCGCCGAGCUCGGUUGGACUCUGGAGCCUCAGACAGGAGCCAGGAUUCCCCCCAGCGGGGUCGUCUGGACUCAGCUUCAUCAGAUCGAAGCAUCAGCUCGCUGUCUCACACCAGACAGAGACUGGGCUCAGAUGCCUCCGACUUCUUUGCCAGACCUCGUCUGGGGUCCGGGACUAUGGACGGCAUCAGUGCAUUGCUUAGGAAACGGACCGACUCUGUGACAUCUGACCACAAUACAAGCACAUCCUCAGAAGAGAAGAGUCCUCUGGAGGAGGUGGAAGGAACCACAAGCAGUUCAACUAGCAGCACAGAUUCUGAAACAGAAAGGAACCACAGUCCGCCCAGCGUCCAGAACCAGUCCGACCAGGACCACGUUCCUGACCAACAGGAGCCAGACGGGGCAGUUUUCUCUCGGAGAGGUGCUGUGAAAGGCAGGGGAAGAACAGACUUCCAGAGUCAAAAGAUAAUGGUUAACGGCAACCUGUCGCUCACUCAUGGCAAAGCACAGGAUCCGGCCCCAGAAAAGAAAGAUGUUAUCCUGGAACAGUUCAGCCACAGCAACUCUGUUCGUGAUCGAAUGCGCAAGUUCACAGAGGCCAGCCAGAGCCCACAGCCACCUGCUUUAAAGAAAACCCCCCAGAGAAACGGGAACGCCUCCAUCAGCAGCACCAAUUUCCCCAGAGCUGCUGGGCUGUUCACACACACACCGACGUCCCUUAACACAUCCGGAGACACGCCAGCGAGGCCACGUGUGGGCUCAUUGUCUAGCGCCACUGCUCCAUCUCAAAGUCAGGCUGCACCUAAACUGAAAGGCGGAGCUAACAAACAUCUGCCCUCAGCAGGCCAAUCGCAGAGCUCUGUGGGUGGGACAAGGCUCCCGGCUGAAAAAGAUGUGCCUGCCUCUAGUGAGUCAAAGGAAGACGGAACCCCAGGGAGAGCAGCUGGAAGGACGGUCCCUCAGGGAGAGGAAGACCCCGACAUGAAGACUUUCCUCACCAUCGAGAUCAAGGAUGGUCGCAGCACCUCCACCUCCACCUCGUCCACACCGAGAGGCAAUGUGGUACCCAUCACCAACAUGAGCUCUCGCAUCACCUCGCUGGGGCAGCGGCCAGAGUUGACCCUCGGCCUCCGAGCGACACCGUUUAAGACCUCCUCAUCCACAUUCUCCUCCGGAUCCUCCAUCAAGAUGGAGACGGAACCCAUCGUCGCCUCAGUGCCAGUGUUUGCAGCUGGACCGUCUGUGCAGUUGGCCCAGCAAAGCUCAACCAUCCCCAACGGCUCCAGCACGCAGUCCAAACCAGUGGAGAGCUCCGGAAAGCUCACCGCCGAAAAGCUGGCUGCGAUCCAGGAUGAGGAGCUUCUUGACAAAAUGCUUGAUGAAUCAAAAGAUUUUGAGGAGAGGAAAAUGAUUCGUGCCGCCAUGAGAGACCUUCGCAAGAGAAAGAGGGAAGCCAUGCUGGGAUGUACCCAAGAGGAAAUGGGUAGGACGUGUGACCAGAGAGAAAAGGAGCGCGAGACUCGCCUGCAGGAUCUGCGGCAGCAGAGGGACGACCGAACGCAGAAAGGUCGAGCAGGUCCCGGAGCUGGAGAAGUGGUGAUCAACAAGAUGGAGAAGUCGGCAGAUGGUUCAACCCUCAGCCAAGUCACCAAGACAAACCGUUUCACACAGUCUGAUGAUGGGAGCAAAUCAACUCGCAGCACAGUGUUAGAAACCAGUUUUGUUCAGAAAACAGACAGAGGGACAGUCCAGUCAAAGUCAUUCAGCUACUCCUCUUCAUCAUCUUCCAACACCAGCAGGAAAGUAGGCAGCGUGUUCGAUCGCGAGGAUGACUCAUCGUCUCGAAGCGGGAGCAGCGGGCUGGCCGCCAUGGAGCGGCGGCAGGCAGAGAGGCGCAAGGAGCUGAUGAGGGCUCAAACAAUGCCGAAGACAUCCGCCAUGCAGGCCCGCAAGACCAUGAUAGAGAAGCUGGAGAAGGAGGGAGGCGGCCCUGGAAAUCAGGCCGUAGCCAAAGUAAACAGGGUGCAGCGCUCCACCAGUUUUGGCGUUCCCAACGCAAACUCCAUCAAGCAGAUGCUGCUGGACUGGUGCCGUGCCAAGACGCGCACAUAUGAGCAUGUGGACAUUCAGAACUUUUCGUCCAGCUGGAGUAACGGCAUGGCGUUUUGCGCCCUGGUGCACAGCUUCUUCCCUGAUGCCUUUGACUACGACUCACUGAGUCCCGGCAACCGCAGGCACAACUUUGAGGUGGCGUUCAGCUCUGCAGAGAAACUAGUGGACUGUCCCCAGCUGUUGGACGUGGACGACAUGGUGAAGAUGCGCGAGCCGGACUGGAAGUGUGUGUACACGUACCUGCAGGAGUUCUACAGGGGCCUUGUGACGAAGGGGCUGGUUAAAACCAAAAACUCCUCCUAGAGUCACGGCCCACCUAAAAUUAAACCCAUGGACCCACGCUAACUGCAUGCCUUUGCUGGAAGUGGAGGACAUGAUGAUCAUGGGCAACAAACCAGACUCCAAGUGCGUCUUCACCUACGUACAGUCUCUGGUCAACCACCUGCGAAGAUACGAGAUGUCCAUGGGUCGCUCCUCUGACCUUUGACCUGUGAUCAGGGAUCAAUCAGACUGAAUGUGGCGUCGGUCUCUCGCUCUCUUGCCGCUCCAAACCCAUAAAAAAUGGGCAAGUUGGAGGUUAUGUGUGUGUUUGUGUGUUUUACUCAGUUUUGUGAUGGCAGGGCAUCGUAGUUUCACUCCUCUGGACUCCGGUGACACACAGUCUACCUCUUCUUCAGCCAGAGAGGAUGCCUGAAUUUUAAAAAACCUUCUGAGGUUUUUAACAUUUAAUUUUUGUUCUCAAACUCAACUCAAUCUGAUGCCCUUUAAAAAAAGAAAUGUUUUCAUUUAUUGCCUCUUCUUAAGUAUUCAAAGCAACAUUCGCUCUCCUGUUAUUUUAUAAUUCUGUAAAGUUGUUCACACCUCUGCACCACUGAAAGACAAACAUUUACUCAAACAUGUCACCUUCUUUUUUUAUUCUGGUACUUUUUUUUUCCAUUUUAACUCAACUACAGUUGCUUUAAUUAUUCUAAUUAAGUUAUUUUCAUGUUUAAUCAAUAGGUGUAUUGAUUUUUUAAUACACGAGCACAGGGAUAUUUAAGUAGACGCCACACUGUUGCUUCAUUCGGGUUCUUAACUCUUAUUUUUACUGAACUUCACAAAAGCUACUGAGAAAAUCUGAAGUGAUUCAGUUAAACCUGACAUCUGUUUGUUUCUGCAGAAGAUCUGACCGCUGCAGCACGGCGUUUCCCUGUCCAGGUCCACACACAGCUCCUUUUAUUUAUGUUUAAAGAGAUUGUAGAUGAGUUUUUCUGAUAAGUUCAUAUUUUGUGCUUUUAAGCAUUUUGUUCAAAUAUCAGCUUCAGUUUUAAUGAUGAAUUAACUGGGCUCUUCUUUUAAAAGUCCAGGGUAUUUUUUAUUGUACAUUUAUCAUUAGUCUAAGAAAAAGUUUUUUUUUUAAUCUGAGGAGAAAAUGUAUUUGGUAGAUUUGAAAACUAAUUUUAGGAUGACUCAACUGAAAACCAAACCUCCAUAGAGCAGUGAGUGCAUGUGUACAUAAGAGCCUAAACACGUUGUAACUUCAUGUUUUCUGUGCACCACAGUUAAAUAUGAACUCAUGAUUAAAACAGUUUGACAAGUGAA